UAAUGCCCCGUCAGAGGCUGCAGCACAUCAGAUGUCCGACAUCCUCUGAUGCGUCUCAUCGGAUCCAAUAACGUUCCCGGACCGGCCGCCGCUCCAGACGCCUUCCGGGUCGACGGAAAGUUCGCCAGUGCUGCACAGAGCCCGGACUGUCUGCAAAGGAGGGCUGCUGUCUGUCCCGCUGAGCUCCUCCUGCAGUGUGAGUGUCAGGUGUGUGUGUGUGCACCAUGGCGAGCCUCCUACGUGUUGUGGCGGCCAGCUGCUCGGCGCCUGUGUUCAGCGGAGUUUCCUGUGUGAAGCUGCAGAGUGGAAGCGCUGUCAAAUGGUCAUGCCAGAGGUUUUUCAGGACUCAUCAAGCUCUCGGGCGAUGUGCAAGUCCAGGUAUUCCAUACAAACAACUCACAGUCGGUGUUCCCAAAGAAAUUUUCCAGAAUGAGCGUCGUGUGGCGCUGUCUCCCGCCGGUGUCCAGGCGCUCAUCAAACAGGGCUUCAAUGUCGUUGUGGAGUCUGGAGCUGGAGAACCCUCCAAGUUUCCUGAUGAACAGUACACCCAGGCCGGAGCAACAAUUAAAGACCUGAAAGAUGUCCUGGCGUCUGAUGUGGUGGUUAAGGUCCGUGCUCCUGUUUUCAACCCUACUGUGGGUGUCCAUGAGGUGGAGAUGAUGAAGGACGCAGCUACUUUAAUCAGCUUCAUCUAUCCAGCUCAGAACCCGGAGCUGAUGGACAUGUUGUCCCAGAAGAAAGCCACCGUUCUGGCUAUGGACCAGGUGCCCAGAGUCACCAUCGCUCAGGGUUACGAUGCACUGAGCUCCAUGGCAAACAUUGCAGGAUACAAGUCAGUCGUGCUGGCAGCUAACAGCUUCGGUCGGUUUUUCACUGGACAAAUCACAGCAGCUGGUAAAGUGCCUCCUGCCAAGGUGCUGAUCAUUGGAGGAGGUGUGGCUGGGUUGGCAGCAGCUGGCACUGCUAGGGCCAUGGGAGCCAUUGUCAGAGGAUUUGAUACCCGAGCUGCAGCUUUGGAGCAAUUUAAAUCUCUGGGUGCAGAACCACUGGAAGUGGACAUUAAGGAGUCGGGAGAAGGACAGGGAGGCUACGCCAAGGAAAUGUCAAAGGAGUUCAUCGAGGCAGAGAUGAAGCUGUUUGCCAAGCAGUGUCAGGACGUCGACAUUGUCAUCAGCACUGCUCUUAUCCCUGGUAGGCGAGCGCCCAUCCUCAUCACCAAACCGAUGGUAGAGAGCAUGAAAGAUGGGUCAGUGGUGGUGGAUUUGGCUGCGGAGGCCGGCGGAAACAUCGAGACCACAGUUCCUGGAGAGCUGUCAGUACAUAAGGGAGUGACCCAUAUUGGCUACACAGACCUGCCCAGCCGUUUACCAACACAGUCCAGCACUCUGUACUCAAACAACAUCACUAAGCUGGUGCGGGCAAUCAGCCCUGACAAGGACAACUUUUACCUUGAUGUCAAGGACGUGUUUGACUAUGGGACCAUGGAUCAUGUCGUCAGAGGAUCUAUUGUUAUGCAGAAUGGAAAGAACCUGUUCCCGGCUCCUCAGCCCAACAACGUGCCCGUUGCAGCUCCUCCUAAACCCAAGUCUGUCCAGGAACUGGAGGCAGAGAAGACUGCUCAAAUCUCCCCCUUCAGGGCUACACUCACUACUGCUGGCGCGUACACUGGAGGUGUUGCCACCCUGCUGGGUCUGGGCCUGUCGGCUCCUAACGCUGCCUUCACUCAGAUGGUCACCACCUUUGGUCUGGCAGGCAUCGUGGGAUACCACACAGUGUGGGGAGUCACUCCUGCUCUGCACUCUCCGCUCAUGUCUGUCACCAACGCCAUCUCAGGUCUGACAGCUGUGGGUGGUCUGUCCCUGAUGGGAGGCGGCUACCUCCCAGGUACCACUGCUGAGACGCUGGCUGUGCUCGCCGCCUUCAUCUCUUCGGUCAACAUUGCGGGUGGCUUCCUGGUGACCCAGAAGAUGUUAGACAUGUUCAAACGUCCCACUGAUCCUCCAGAGCAUAACUACCUCUAUCUGCUUCCUGGUGGCGUCUUCGUCGGAGGCUACGCUGCUGCUCUGCAGUCUGGAUACAACAUUGAACAGAUGAUGUACUUGGGCUCAGGUCUGUGCUGUGUCGGUGCCCUGGCCGGCCUCUCCAACCAGACCACAGCCCGUCUGGGUAACGCUUUGGGUAUGAUGGGAGUCGCAGGGGGGAUCGCUGCCACUUUGGGCGCUCUCAAACCAAAUCCAGAGCUCCUGGCACAGAUGAGUGCUGCCAUGGCUGUGGGUGGCACUGCUGGUCUGGCCAUUGCUAAGAAGAUCCAGAUCACUGACUUGCCUCAGCUAGUGGCUGCUUUCCACAGCUUGGUGGGGUUGGCCGCCGUGCUCACCUGUGUGGCUGAAUAUAUGAUCGAGUACCCCCACUUUGCCACAGACCCCGCAGCCAACCUCACCAAGAUAGUCGCAUACCUCGGCACCUACAUCGGUGGAAUCACUUUCAGUGGCUCUUUGGUGGCGUACGGCAAACUGCAAGGUGUGCUGAACAGCGCUCCUCUGAUGCUCCCUGGUCGUCACGCUCUGAAUGCCAGUCUUAUGGCAGGUAGUGUUGGUGGAAUGAUCCCCUACAUGCUGGAUCCAAGUUACACCACAGGCCUCACCUGUCUCGGAUCAGUGUCUGCUCUCUCCGCUGUCAUGGGUGUGACUCUGACAGCAGCUAUUGGAGGCGCUGACAUGCCAGUGGUUAUCACCGUACUGAACAGUUACUCAGGCUGGGCUCUGUGUGCUGAGGGCUUCCUGCUCAACAACAACCUGCUGACCAUCGUCGGAGCUCUCAUCGGGUCCUCUGGAGCCAUUCUGUCCUAUAUUAUGUGUGUGGCCAUGAAUCGCUCCCUGGCCAACGUGAUCCUGGGAGGCUACGGCACAUCUUCCACAGGUACAGGAAAACCCAUGGAGAUCGUCGGGACACACACAGAGGUCAACGUGGAUCAGACAGUCGAGAUGAUUAAAGAGUCCCAGAACGUGAUCAUCGUUCCAGGUUAUGGACUCUGUGCUGCGAAGGCCCAGUACCCCAUCGCUGAGUUGGUGAAGAUGCUUAAAGAAGCUGGCAAGAAAGUCAGGUUUGGUAUCCAUCCGGUGGCCGGCCGCAUGCCUGGUCAGCUCAACGUGCUGCUGGCUGAAGCUGGUGUCCCAUACGAUAUCGUCCUGGAAAUGGAUGAGAUCAAUGACGACUUCCCUGACACUGACCUGGUCCUGGUGAUCGGCGCCAACGACACAGUGAACUCGGCCGCCCAAGAAGACCCCAACUCCAUCAUCGCCGGCAUGCCAGUGCUGGAGGUCUGGAAGUCGAAGCAGGUGGUCGUGAUGAAACGUUCCCUGGGCGUGGGAUACGCAGCCGUGGACAACCCCAUCUUCUACAAGCCCAACACUGCGAUGUUGCUAGGCGACGCUAAGAAGACUUGUGAUGCCCUGCAAGCAAAGGUCCGCGAGGCCACGAGCCAGUAGUGUGUUUUAGAGAGAGACACCUCCACUGAGAGCACACAUGGAGAGAAGACGACCAGGAGAAGUUUUUCCAAACAGCGUUGAGAUCAUCUUUGUCCAAUUGCAGCUCAGCCAACUGAGCAAAGAUGAUAACUUGGAUAAAAGGUUUUUGGCAAACCCUUUCUGUUAUCUAUAAAUAAAAGGAAGUUAGUUGCAAAAAAACAAACAGGCUUUUGCAGUAAGAGCCAAAUAAUGCACACACUGUAGAUUUAUUAGUUCCUCUGAGUUAAUGCACUUAAAUGACUCUUUGACGCUUCUUUUAUUUGUAGAUAUUAAAGGAAGGGUGCGUCGACCAUCUGCAUGUGCUCUGUUUAAUCUGGGGAGCAGCUGACCGAGUGUCAUCUUCAUUUUAGACCCGUAUGUUAAUGUACAACAACAAUCAGAAGUGUAGAUGCUUUAAAGUGUUAGGUAUGUUAAAUUUCACUGUUAAGAUGUUUUAGGAAAUAGUCGAUAGCUCAAAGAAAAUAGUAGAUGAACUGAAAUCUCACCAGAGGAAGAGAUAAGAGACUUGAGCACUAACAUCUUUUCCACACUGUAAAGAGUUUCCUCCCCCUUUUUUCUCCAGAGUUUAAUUCUCUUAGGUAAUACGGUGUUCCCUUGGAUAGAUGCUCAUUUCUUUCUGUGUAAGUUAAAGGGAAAAAAAGCAGAAUAGUGCAACAUUUUUGUAAAGUUCUUUCAGUUCCAGUUUUCUACUGUAUUGAGAGAUUUUUGUAUUCGGGCUAAUAGUUAUCCUAAACUUAGAAAAUGUCUGUAUGUCGUCGUGCUAUUUGCUUUUUUUUCUUUUCACUUGUCUUGUGACCUCCACCAAUGCCUCAAGAGCACACUUGGAUCCAGAAACAGUUAAAAAUCCAUUCAUGCGUCUUUUUUCGAGCCCAUAAUGCAAUAAAGCGACUGGUACUGACCUUUCCUUGUGAGACCACAGCUGUCCUGAAUGCCAGUAAAGGCUGUCCCACUCUUACAAACACGGCUGAAUGGAUUUUAUGAUGUUUUUGAACCAGGUGUGUUCUUUCACCCUGUGUGGUUCCGAUAUUACAGUACAUGAGAUGCUAGCUUUUGGCCUUAAUGGUGAAGAAGGGUUUUUUUUUAAGUGAAUGUGGCUCAUCCACUCCAAUGUGUGUCUUCAUUAUUGCUCCAUGGGGAAAUGAAGGAUCACUGUUUGUAAAGUAGAGCCAGAUGGCAGAAUGACUGUUGUGUAAAGAGUUGAAACAACAAUGCAGUUUUUUAAAUGGAAAUUGUUGCUACAUUUCAGUAUAUAUGGAUUGCUAGUUAGUCCUAAGUCAGCAUUUCUGAACUGAAAUUGCCAUUUUAUUUCCCCUUAAUUUUGUUAAAACCUAACAUUUGCCAUAAACAUGUGCCAACCCCUCCUUUCUCAAACUCAAUCUGGUUAGAAACGAUGGCACAAAUCUAGAUAAUCUGACUGGUGUAGUUGAAGAAAGAUCACUGACAAAUGACAAUAGCUUCCACUGUAUUCUACUGACUUUACCAAACUAAAAGUACAAGAACUUGGUCCAUUGAAUUCUAGUUUUUAGGUAAGAUUUCUUCCAUUUGUAUAUUUCUUUGACAGUUCUGAUACAGUAGUUGAACUAGGAUGUAUAUUGGUACAUAGUUCGAGGAUCAAUAGUUCGUGAGGUGACGGGUCAGCAGUCUUCUUCACUUUGUAAUUUAUAAAUGUACUGUGAGAAGUUAUAGUUUCAUCCUGGGACCUGACACUUUGUUGACCAUGACAACUAUCCUACCUCUCCAUAAAACGACCAACACCUUUCCACCGGACCUUCAUCUGACCAACCGUCUCUUACCGUACCUCCCGCAGGACCACACCGGUCAUUUCCCAUCCACAGAACUUCCAUCAACCAGUCGCCUCUCAUGUUAUCCAAAAACCAGGACCAAUAGCCUUCUGUUUUGUGUUCAUUUUUAACCAUCAGACCUCAGUUUAAUCUUAUUUUUUGCAAGUGUAGAGCUGCAGAUGUCAUUAGUGCUUGAGAAAGCGGGUUAUUGUUGUCGAUUUACACACACAAACACAGUCUUUAUGACUACAAGAGCGAGAUGUUUGCCUAAUAUUUGUAAGUUGUCGCCAUUUUUGAGGUGUUGACAAAUUAAGGGAGAAGGAAAUUUUUACUAAUUUUGACUAAAUGCCCCUUUGUGUCCUUUUUUCUUCUUCUUAAGGAGAGUAUUUUUGUAAAGCGCCAUUAUAUUUGUGCAGAGCAACAAUGGGAUUUUGAAGAAUCAAUGCGCCACGUUAGGAAGAUGAAAUGAUGAAAUGUACUGUGAAUUUGUUCCCCCACCCCCCUCUUCUGUUUAUCAUGGAACAUUUUCAUCCCUAAUAAACCUGUAUUUACACUAA